AUGCGAGAAACCGGACGCAACGAGCAUGUCUGCAAUGUGUCUGCUUAUUUUGAGAAAGAGUUGGAUAGCCGGCGGCUGCGUGAGACCGCAAUUGUGGCUAAAGGAAGAGAAGAGAGGAAUGGGAACUUGCUCUCCAUAAAGUCUAGUCUAGAUCUUCUUUUGAUUAAACUAAUCAAAAAAAGUGGCAUCGAUCAUUUAGAACAUAAAAAUUUUGAUUCCAAGCAUCAAUGUGGAUUCAGCAAAGGUAACUCUAACUUCACCAACUUAGUAGAGUUCUAUGACAAGACGACAACAAUCAAACAGGAUAGAGAGGGCUGGAUAGACUGCAUUUUCCUGGAUUGCCAGAAAGCUUUUGCCAUUGUCCUUCACAAGCGACUCCUAUAA